CGGCGGCACCGCCUCCUGCUCGGCACAAACUCUCAGGCUCUCUGAUCGCCUGCUCUCGGUCGUGUGUUUCCCCACAGACGGCGGGGAUGUUCCGGCUCUGGUUCAAAGUGGCGGCGGUCCUGUGGCUGGUCCCCGGGACGCUGGGAGGCGCAGCCCGUCUGUACACGGAGGAGGACCCGCUGGUGAUCCUGAGCAGCGGCAGCCUGAGGACCACCGUCAGUAACUCCUCGUCGGCCUGGCUGGUCCAGUUCUUUUCGUCCUGGUGCGGACACUGCAUCCAGUACUCCGGCACCUGGAAGGCUCUAGCCGGGGACGUCCAAGAGUGGCAGGAGGCCAUCAGUGUCGGGGUGUUGGACUGCGCUCAGGAGGAAAACUUUGAUGUCUGUAAAGAAUUCAGCAUCAAGUUCUACCCGACAUUCAAGUAUUUUCGGGCCCACAGUCUGCCGACAGACCGAGGGACAACCUACAAAGGUGCAGACAGAGAGAUCCAGUCGGUCCGACAGCUGAUGGUCAACAUCCUCCAGAACCACACCAGGAUGGACCGGCCCCAGCACUGUCCCCCCUUAGAACCAUACAGUUCUGCAGAGCUGCUUCCUUUGCUGGGUCAGAGGUCCGAUAACUUCACCGCCAUCAUCGUGGAGGAACCGGACUCGUACGUCGGCCGAGAGGUGAUCCUGGACCUGCUGCAGUACUCAGGUGUUCAGGUGAGGAGGGCUCUGAGCUCAGAUCUGCCCCUGCUGGACGCUCUCAAGAUCUCCACCUUCCCCUCCAUCUACCUGCUGCAGCCCAACGGGACGCACACACACCUGCACAGUGACAAGAAGCUCCGGUUCUUCUUCUCCUCCCUGCUGAAGGCGUUACCUGGAGUCCAGCGGCGGUCGCAGGCAGCCAGCAGCAGCUCCAGCGUGGGCCAGGUGGAGGCACUGCAGGAACCCUGGAGGGACUUUGACAGAUCCAAGGUGUACCUGGCGGACCUGGACUCGGCGCUGCACUACCUGCUGAGAGUGGAGAUGGCCACGCACACCACGCUGGAGGGGGAGGAGCUUCAGGUCUUCAAGGACUUCGUCACCAUGGUCGCCAAGCUGUAUCCAGGUGGAGCCUGGGUAGUGAAGCUGAUGGAGACGCUCUCUGAUUGGCUGCUCAGUCUGCCGCUGCAGCGAAUCCCCUAUCAAGCUGUUCUGGACCUGGUGGACAACAAGAUGAGGAUCUCAGGUGUGUACCUGGGGGCGGAGCUUCACUGGGUUGGUUGCCAGGGCAGCAGGGCGGGGCUCCGAGGUUACCCCUGUUCUCUCUGGACCCUGUUCCACGUUCUGACGGUCCGACACGAGGCCACGCCCACCGCCCUGGACAACACAGGUGUGCAGCUAGGCUCCGCCCCCGUCCUCCAGGUGAUGCGUCGCUACAUCAGGACGUUCUUCGGCUGUGAGGUCUGCGGUCGACACUUUGAACAAACGGCAGCAGACAGUUUAGAUUCAGUCCAGAGCAGAGAGGAGCAGAUCCUCUGGCUGUGGAGGACACACAACAGGGUCAACAACAGGCUGGCAGGUUCUCUCAGUGAUGAUCCUCUCUUUCCUAAGUCUCCGUGGCCCAGCACCUCCCUCUGCUCCUCCUGUCAUGAGGAGAAAAAUGGCGUCCACGUGUGGAACCAUGACAACGUGCUCCACUUCCUGCAGCGUCACUACGGCAACGCCAACCUGUCCCCCCGCUACUCGCUGACCCCUCCACCUCCUCCUGAGCGCGCUCAGAGCGGCCGGCCAGAGGGGCAGGAGCCCCGAGGAGGAGGACGGGGGAGGGAGGAGGAGCUUCGCCACGGUAACCAGGCAGCAAGGGAGGAGCAGCGGGAGGUUCUGGUCCGGUCCAGUUCUGGUUCUGUGUGGAUCCUGGGUUCUCUGGGCUUCAACAGCGUGGACAUGAGUCUGUGUGUCCUCCUCUACGUGUCCUCCUGCCUCGUCCUCAUGCUGCUCUUUUUCUUCUUCAAAGUCCGCUCCAGGAGGUGGAAGCUGCGGACCGCACGGCUGCACGUCUGACCAGGACCGGACCAAUGGACUGGACCGGACCAGACUGCACUGGAACGGACUGGACCAGAUCACCAGAACCGGAUCGGACGGGACUGGACCCACCAGAACCAGACUGGACCACUAGAACUGGUGUAAUCUGGGUCAGAGCUGGUUCCGGACAGAGUUUGAUUUAAACCUCAUCAGUCGAUCGAUCAGAAUCAUUGAUUAUCAGAUUAAUUAAGUCAUUUUUAAACGAAGCUGUCAGAACUUUGAGGUUCUGAAGACUGGACCGGUCAGAACUUUGAGGUUCUGAAGCUGCGUCGUGUUUUAUGGGGUGAAUUUACAUUUUUAGUAGAAUUAAAAUGAAAGUGAAACUAAGAAACUAAAAAAGUAAAAAUCCAGUUUUUAUUCUGAUUUCAAUUUGUUUUUAAAAUGUUCAGAUUUUUAUUUUAUUUUUAAAAACUGCGUUUUGAUGUUUUUGAUUUUAUUUAAUUUUAUUUUAACUGUGUUAGUUUGUUCUGUUUCAUUUUAAUUUAACUACAUUUAAUUUAUAGUUUUUAUUUAUUUUGUUUUGUGCAGCUUUUUCUGAACCAGGAAGCAGCGUAAAAAAAGGAGCAGUCGGUUCCGUCCGGUCCUCAGUGUCUCGGUUCUGUCUGGUCGUUCGUGUGUCGGUUCCGUCUGGUCCUCGGUGUCUCAGUUCCAUCGGUUCCAUCAGGUCCUCGGUGUGUCGGUUCUGUCUGGUCCUCGGUGUCUCGGUUCUGUCGGUUCCAUCAAGUCCUCAGUGUGUCGGUUCCGUCUGGUCCUCGUUUGUCGGUUCCGUCUGGUCCUUUUUUGUGUCCGUUCCCUCUGGUCCUCGGUGUCUCGGUUCCGUCGGUUCCAUCAGGUCCUUGGUGUGUCGGUUCUGUCUGGUCCUCGUGUGUCGGUUCCGUGGGCCCGCGGGCCUCAGCAGCAGAGUCCAGAACAAAGACUUGAACUUGAAUGAAACUUUCUUCCUGUGAACCAACCAAUCACAGUCCGUCCUGACAGCCAAUCAGCUGCGUUUCUGAACCAGAACCAGCUCUGACCCAGAGCUGUGAAAGCUGUGAAACCAAGUCUGGACUCUGAGAUCUCAUUUAUGUAUUUUUGCACUUCAGACUCGGGUCGGAUCAUCAGACCAGGUGUGUCUCACCUGGACCGGACCGGACCUCUGGACUGGGUUUACAUCCCAGAAUCUCUCAGGAGGGACGUGAAGGAUGACGGGAGACAGAGACCUGAACCGGAUCAGAACCUCCCAGAGU